UUCCUGGUUGGGGAUUAGUGAUGAGAGGGGGGAAAUCGCAGCUACAGUUGGAGCAGUUUACGCUCAUUCAGCUGCUUCAGUGAUCUGUGAAUAAUCCCCGCUGGUGAGCCUUAUGUCCGAUAAGGUUAAGAGUGCACCAUGCCAAGCACCCUCCUGUGGGCUGUAGAUGUGUAUGGGAGGGUUUAUAGUCUGUCAACAGUAGGUCAACAGUGGGAACAGUGCCGCGAUGCCCACCUGGAGUUCAAACGCGUCACAGCUGCGCUCCAGUGCUGCUGGGGCAUCGCCUGUGAUCACAACAUCUACCUGUGCGUCCACGCCAGUGAUGUGCCGAUCCGCUUCCGCGAGGAGACCUAUGAAAAUCAGCGAUGGAACCCCGUGGAUGGUUUCUCCGACCGCUUGUUGCCUAGUGAUCGCUGGCAAUGGAGUGAUGUGAUGGGGCUGCAGCAUCAGCCGCUGGACAGCUUUCAGCUUCCAUCCGAGAACUGGGAGUGGGAGGCUGACUGGUAUGUGGACGAGAACUUUGGAGGAGAGCCCACAGAGAAAGCAGGUUGGGCAUAUGCUAUUGAUUUUCCGGCCACUUACACCAAAGACAAGAAGUGGAACUCUUGCGUGCGCCGCCGCCGAUGGGUACGCUAUAGGAGGUACAAGUCGCAAGACACCUGGGCGAAGAUCCCCUCAGAGCAGACGGUUUCCCUGCCAGACCCGUUUAAUGAUAUCAGCUGCGGUGGUUGGGAGAUCACAGAGGAGCCCAGGGGGCGCAUUUCUCUCUGGGCUGUCUCUCUGCAGGGGAGGGUAUGGUUCCGGGAUGGCAUCAACCACUUUAACCCCGAAGGCUUGGUGUGGGAGGAGGUGCUUACCCCAGGUGAGGUGGUGCAGAUAAGUUGUGGGCCAGCUGACCUUCUAUGGGGAGUGCUAUGGGAGGGACAGUUCCUGGUCAGAGAGGGAAUUAGCAGAGACUGCCCUAAAGGCACUGCAUGGGUAGUAGUUGAAUCACCAAGCCCAGAAGUUGGAGCUAUACAUGUAGCAGUGGGCGUCAAUGUAGUGUGGGCUGUGACUAAAGAUCAUAAAGUCUGGUUUAGGCGUGGUGUGAAUUCCCACAAUCCAUGUGGCUCAGGAUGGAUUGGGAUGGUUGGGGAGAUGGUGAUGAUUAAUGUGGGCCUCAAUGACCAGGUAUGGGGCAUCAGCUGUGAGGACCGGGCGGUGCAUUUCCGCCAGGGUGUGACUGUCAGUGAGCUGAGUGGGAAGGCCUGGAAGGCUGUGUCUGUGCCCAGAGAUACCGAGCGUGCUCACUCUAGCGCCAGUGCUAGCAGCCUGCAGAGUGCUGGAUGUUUUUUUGGAGGUGAGGUCCGGUUGCAGUCGCAGACCUCCGUCCUGAGUGACGUGGACUCUGAAACCGAGAAAGCAGCAGCAGAAGGAGUCCUGCCCUCCUCUGAGGCCCCUAAAAAACGAAUCCCCAAAGUGACCAGUGACAGUUUCAUCUCAGAGUUGGUGUCUGAUAGAGAAGGUCAGAUUGGGCAACGCACCCUCGCACAGGCCACGUCCAUUCCUGAGGAGGAGUGUGUGGAGGGAGAUAUAGAGAGCCAGGACCAGGCUGCCACAAACGUGCUACUUUCCUCUGGCCAAUCAGGACAAGCGGUUCCCCAGUGGAGCAAUGUGGACCUGGAGGAGGCUCAGACACACCUGACUGUGGGAACCGGUGGGGAUACUGCCGAUACCUGCAGCCUGUCAUCUGUAGCCACAUGCAAUCUGGGCAUGGAGGAGCCAUAUGGACCUGAUGAUCACCCCUUGUGGGCCUGGGUUAGUGGAGGAGGCUGCUAUAUCGACUCCCACUCCCAACUUCCUUGGUUCAACUCCACAGGUCUGGCCUCAUCUAUGCAGGCCAUGUCGCUCUCCAUCACACCGGCACAGACUGCAGCCUGGCGCAAGCAGAUCUUUGAACAGCUCAGCGAGAGGUCAAAGAGAGAGAUGGAAAACUUCAAGCAUUAUGAACAGGCCAUUGAACAGUCUGUUUGGGUGAAAAAGGGCUCCAUGCAGUGGUGGAGGGACUGGAAGCCGAACAAGUGGCUGGAUGUGCAGUUUGCACUGGAACAAUUCUCAGGAGCCGAGGGCAACAAGGAUGGCAUCCUGUUCAUAUACUAUACCUUUAAUGAGGAAAAGAAGUACCUACAUGCAUUCAUUAACGAAGUCACCAUCCUAGUACCGGUGCUGAACGACUCCAAGCACACGUUUGCUAUCUACACACCGGAGAGAACUAAGCAGAGGUGGCCCAUCCGCCUUGCAGCUGCCACUGAGCUGGAGAUGCAUGACUGGCUGGCUUUGCUCAGCAUGUCCUGCUGUGACUCCCGUGGCAUCCAGGGUCCACCUUCCAAACAGGCCAUCUGGUCUGUUACCUGCAAGGGAGACAUUUUUGUCAGUGAGCCGACGCCAGGGCUGGAGGCGUCCCCUUACCCGACACCCUGUGACCAAAUGUUCUGGCGCCAAGUUGGAGGGCACCUGAGAAUUGUGGAGUGUAAUAGUCUCGGAGUGGUGUGGGGAAUCGGCUAUGAUCACACAGCAUGGGUCCACACGGGCGGCUACGGAGGAGGCUUCUUUCAGGGUCUUGCCAGCAGCACAGAUAACAUCUACACACAGACUGAUGUGAAGAGUGUGUAUAUUUAUGAGAACCAGCGCUGGAAUCCUGUGACUGGCUACACAAACAGGGGACUUCCUACAGAUCGCUACAUGUGGAGUGAUGCUUCAGGCCUCCAAGAGUGUACCAAAUCCAACACUAAACCCCCCUCUCCUCACUGGACAUGGGUGUCAGAAUGGGUCAUCGACUAUGGAGUACAUGGAGGGACAGACCGAGAGGGCUGGCAGUAUGCAGCUGAUUUUCCAGCGUCAUAUCACGGUCAUAAAACCUUGAAGGACUUUGUCCGUCGCAGGCGUUGGGCCAGAAAGUGUAAACUCACUACAACCGGGCCAUGGCAGGAAGUCCCACCCAUCCCUCUGAGUGACGUUACUAUUUUUCCAUGUGGCCCAAAGACCACAGUGGAGCAGGUGCCUUUGUGGGCCAUCAGCAACAAGGGAGACGUGCUUUGCCGUUUAGGGGUGUCCUCACUCGCACCUGCUGGAACAUCAUGGCUCCAUGUUGGAACGGACCAGCCUUUCAAGUCCAUCUCCAUUGGAGGGGUGUAUCAGGUGUGGGCUAUUGCCAGAGAUGGCUCAGCAUUCUACAGAGGAGCUGUGUCAUCCCAAAACCCUGCAGGAGACUGCUGGUAUCAUAUACCCUCUCCAUCUACACAGAAGCUUAAACAGGUGUCAGUAGGCAGAACAUCAGUCUGUGCAGUGGAUGAAAAUGGAAACUUAUGGUAUCGACAUGGUGUGACCCCCAGUUACCCUCAGGGUUCAUCGUGGGAGCACAUCUCAAAUAACGUGCGCAAAGUAUCUGUGGGGCCGUUGGAUCAGGUGUGGAUCAUUGCUGAUAAGGUUCAGGGCAGCCACAGUUUGAGCUGUGGGACUGUUUGCCGCAGGCUCGGUGUGCAGCCCCUGGAGCCUAAAGGACAGUCGUGGGACUACGGCAUCGGGGGUGGUUGGGAUCACAUCAGCGUGAGAGGCAAUGCCUUGGAGGCGCCGCGUAUCCGCAUGCCAUCGUUGACCGACAGCAGGAACGUUCGCGUGACGCCACAUAGGAUGCAGCUGCCAGAAAUGAACGGCAACACUGUGAGAUGUUAGUAAUAUAACCCUUUGCCUUCCACCUAACCACCUCCUUCCCUCUCUGUAUUCUGUAGCCCUGGUGUAGCAGCCCACGCUUUCCCUUCUAGCCAUAGAACUGUGUUAACGUGAUUGACGUUCUAAUCUUUAUCCCUCAGAACUGAUGCAUCUAAUUGGAUCCUUUCAUCGUACCAAAAUGAAGAGCUCCCAUGCCUUCACGCUGGUUAGAAUAUUUCUAAAAAUGUUUAAGCAUACUUUUUACGUAGUUUUGUAUAGUAGGUAUGAAUUAUAUAUUUAUUUGUCUGUGUUUACAUGUGUUUGGGCUUGGUUUUGUUUUAUAUUUAUUUAUUUAUUUUAGUCGCAAAUAAUACAGUGUGUUCAGGGCUUGGUGUAGACUCCGACAAUGUACUUGACAGUUGAAGACAUCACAAUCGAAGCACACACAUUUACAGACAAGGCCAUUUUACCAGCAUGAAAACAAAAACAUGAUUGAGAUCAGUUAUAUCAUCCAAGUUCAUUGACUGCUGACACUCAACAUUUAAAACUGGCAUAACAUCCUGUUCUUGAGAAGCUUGAAGAAGAAAGUGUCAGCUGGCUGCUACAGAAAAGAAAUCCUCAUGCGUUAAAUUGGCCAUUCUCCAUAAGCUCAUUGUAGUGGUGGCAUCAGUACUUGUGCAAUACUUCGCCUUUAGAUGAUGAUGGGGGAAUUGUCUCAGGAAUCCAAAAACUCUGAGUAUGUUUCAUGGUCGUGCAUAACAUAACACCAUCUGUAUUAUUCUGAAGGCAGCACAAAUGAGAUCCUGGAUCAUUCUUUAUUUUUCUGUAUGAUUGUGUCAUUUUAAUGAGACUUUUAAGCUGGCAGGUGGAAUGUGGUUCGCUCUUAAAUCAUGCUUUUAGGGCAUUACAGGUGGAUAAGUAUAAAUAAAAUUAUUAAAUAUACAGAGACACAAAAAUAAAAACAACUUGAAUGUUGUUGGUAAAAUGUAUGUCAAUAAAAAGAAAAGGUUUGUACAGUUUGCACCGUAUUUCUGUCUACAUGCCAUCAUGAAAUGCGUGAUGGGCUUUGCAGAGUUUUAACGCCUGUAAUUUAUGGAAUGAUGAACUGUAAGAAGCUUAUGGUGUUUGGGUACAUUUAAAACACUGGGGCGUGUUAAUGCAUGAAUGACGUGCCCUUUCAAUAAAUGUGACUUCAACUGUU